AUGCGUGGCGCUUCUGGCGAAUCAGGUUAGUUUUUUUUUUAAAUAUUUUUUCGGGAAGCAAUCAUAAAAAUGCAAAUUUCUUUGAAUUUGAGACAUAAAAUUGUUUUUUUGCUAAUUGUUUGUGUUCGGAAAAAAAAUACGUUUCAAAAAAUAUUUAUGUUUUUUUGUACGUUUUUAAAAAUGUUUAUUUUCCUUUCUCACCUUUUGAAACAUCGUUCUUUGAAUUUGCAAAAAAAGUUCGUUUUCAAUUAUGUGUGCGAUAGAGCGAACUUGCUUCAACAUAUUUUUUCCCGCAGAAUCAUUCCUUCUGGAGCCACGUUCGUCAAAAUCUCCCGAAAAACUGGUGGCCGAUUUAACAAGCGACGAAGAAGAAGACGAGGAAUUAUUUUUCCGAACCACUCAUACACAAGAGUUAUCGCAAAGGUAUGUUUUUGUUUCCUUGUGAAUGAAUUCCGAGAGAACUACACACAAAUAAUUCAUGUGUGCAAUAGAGCAAACUUGGUGGCCUGUGUGUUAUGUUUUUCGUGUUUUAGAAAAAAAAAGAAAAACAUUAAAAAAAAGAUUUUUCACGUAAAAAGUGAAAUUUUUUCAUUUCCCCUUCAAAACCUCCCCAUUUUUUUGCAGAGAAAUGGUGAUUCGUAUAUUCCUAAUCGCUCUGCUUUAUUAUCCACUCUCAAUUGCUCUCACAUUUUAUCAAAAAUGGUUUAUUAAGAAUUAUCGAUUACCACUUUUUGUCGUCAGCGGCCAUUAUGUUCUCAAAUACGUGUUUGCAAUUGUUAUUCGAUUUAUUUAUGAAUGUUUUAAAGGAAAACGAAUGCGAGUGCCGCUGAAUGAACAGCUGAGGUCAGUGGAGCGCGUUUGCUCGGCCGAUUUUGAAAAAAAAUUUUUAUUUCAGAUGGCUAGCACCGAUUGGAAUUUGCGCAUCAAUGGAUAUUGGGUUAUCAAAUUGGGCGCUAGAAUAUGUAACUGUUAGCCUUUACACCAUGGCAAAAUCAUCGUCAAUUCUAUUUAUCGUCGCAUUUUCGCUGCUUUUACGCCUCGAAAGAUGGCGAUUUUCACUUGGCUGCGAAACGGCGCUCAUUGCAUGCGGAUUGUUUUUGUUCACCUGGAAAUCGUCGCAAUUGGAUUUGACGGGAUUGUUUUUGGUGGAAUUGGCGGCUGCAUGUACAGGAGUACGGUGGGUGAAAAUCUUGAGAUUGGUUGCUAUGAAACGAAUAAAAUCCAUAAAUUCCGAAAAAACUAUUCAAAAAAAAGUUUAUUUAUUGUGAGAUGUAAAGAGCGGUCACCAAUCAAAUUUCACAAAUUCAUAUUUCACAAAAAAGUUUUCUUGAAACAGUGACUUUCUUUCGAAAAUUGUGAAAUUUUUCUGAAACAGUAGAUUUUUUUGGAAUCAAUUUUAAUAUAAAUUAUUUAAUUUUCUUGAAAUUUUAAAUCGGGAUUUAUUUAUUUAUUUAUUCAUUCAUACCAAUCAAAAUUCAAAAAUUCAGAUUUCACAAAAAAGUUUUCUUGAAACAGUGAAUUUUUUCUGAAAAUUUUACAAAACAAAAAAAAAUUAAAAAAUGUUGUUAUCAGAAAAAAUCUAGAAAUUCUGAAACAGUAGAUUUUUUGGAAUCAAUUUUUAAAAAAAUUAUUUAAUUUUCUUGAUAUCUGAAAGCAGAGUACCAAUCAAAAUUCAAACAUUUAUAUUUUACAAAAAAUUUUCUUGAAACAGUGAAUUUUUUCCGAAAAUUCUGAAAAUUUUCUGAAAUAGUACAUUUUUGGACUCAAUUUUUAUUAAAAUUAUUUAAUUUUCUUGAGAUUUUAAAUCGGGAUACCAAUCAAAAUUCAAAAAUUUAGAUUUCACAAAAAUUUUCUUGAAACAGUGAAUUUUUUUCUGAAAAUUUUACAAGACAGAAAAAAUGAAGAAAAUUUUGUUAUUAGAAAAAAAUCUAGAAAUUUUGAAACAGUAGAUUUUUUAAAAUUAAUAAAAUUUUUAUAAAACUUUUUUUUUAAAAUUUUCUUGAGAUCUGAACUCGAGUUAUCAAUCAAAAUUAAAAAUUCAAAAAUCCAGAUUUCACAGAAAAAUUGCUUGAAAAGUGAUUUUUUUUGUUCUAAAUACAGGAUAAACAAUGAAAAAAAAAAUGUUGUUAUUACAAAAAAUCUACAAAUUUUGAAACAGUACAUUUUUGGACUCAAUUUUAAAAUUUUCUUGAGACCUAAAAUCGGGUUACCAAUCAAAAUUCAAAAAUUCAGAUUUCACGAAAAGUUUUCUUGAAACAGUGAAUUUUUUCAUGAUUUUUUUUAUUCCAAGAUAAUUAUUAGUCAAUUUCUCAAAAUUUCAUCCAAAGUUUAAUGUUUUGUGAGAUUCACAGUCAAUAAUAAAAAUUCUUUGAAACAGUGAGCUUUUAUGAAAGAUUACAAUGCGACAGUGAAAUAUUUUUUGAAAUUUUUCAAGCAAGGAAUAUCAAAUCUCCCAACAGCUAAUUCAAAAUUAGAAUAACUUGAAACAGUGGAUUUUUUUUCAAAAGCCAAAGUCAUUCUAAAAAAAUCAUUCCUCAUAUUUUUGCAGUUGGACAGUUUCCCAAAUGAUAAUGCAACGAGAUGAUUCAUCAGUUCGUCAUCCACUUGACAUGGUUGCUCAUGUUCAACCAUGGAUGAUGAUUCCAAUUAUUCCAAUGAUUUGGAUUUUCGAGGGCCCUGAACUAGACUGGAAUACCGUAUUCUCGUUUCAAGGAACAUAUGAUCCAUGGCUAGUUGUUGGAUUGAUAGCCGCCGGCGGGUUUUUGGCUUUUUGCAUGGAGAUGAGUGGUAAGUUAUCAAAGAAAAAUGGGGAGAGAGGGGCGAUAAUAAAUAUAAAUUUAACCCUGCGUUUCCUCGUCGCGUUCGUGGUGUAAUGGUCAGCAUGGAUGCCUUCCAAGCAUUCGACGGGGGUUCGAUUCCCCCCGAACGCAGAUUUUUUUUUCAAAAAUGGUUUUUUUGCAGAAUACCUCCUACUGGUCCACACUUCUGGAAUAACUCUCAAUAUUUUCGGAAUUUUCAAGGAAGUCGCCACACUUUUACUGGCGCAUCUAAUAAAUAAUGAUAAAUUAUCGCAGGUCAAUAUUUGUGGUCUAUUAUUAUGUUUAACGGGUAUGAUGGUGCAUGGAGCGAAUAAACGAAGGCAAAGGUGAGAAAUUUUAUUCGUUUUUUUUGUUUUGUACCAAAAGUAUAUUUUUCAAGAUUAUUGGAAUCUGAUAAAUAUUCACUAUUAACAAAAACUGCAUGAGUUUUAUUUAUUUUAUCAUUUUAUUUUAUUUUAUUGCACAUUACAACUUCUUAUUAUUUGCUUUGGGUUAGUCUUAAUUAUUUUUUUUUGGAAAAUGUGGGAAACUUUUUGGAACUGGUUGAAAUAGUGAAAUUAUUUCAUUUUGAGGAAUAUUGAUUUUUUUUGAGUAAAAUUUGAAUUACAACUGAAAUUUUUGGAAAAACAAAAUAUUUAUGAUUUUUUUGAAGCAGUGAAAUUUUCUAAAUGUGACCUGAAAUUUACCUCAAAUUUUAAAACUUUUGUGCCAUAAAAACAGGUAAUUUUCUCUGCCAUCCUGAAAAUUUUGAAAAAAACUUUGUGUGAGAUUUUCUGUUCCAAAAAUUACAGAUGUGAAUUUUUUUGAUCUAACAACAAAACAACCAACAAAAUUUUUAUGUGAUAAAAGAAAUUAUCAGAAUUUUUUGAAACAGUGAAAUUUUUUUUUGAAAAAUUUUUCUGAAUUUUUUUGAGUUCUUAUAAUUCGCCAUUUUUUCAAAUUUUAAAUUUGUAAACUCAAAAAAAAAAACAAUUUCUUGUAAAUUUCAGAAUUUCGGGAAAUAUUGAUUUUGAAUCUCGUGAGAACAAUAAUUGUUGAAAUAGCAGAAAAACCAAUUUUUUGAAAAAUGUUUCAAAAUUUUUUGAAACAGUGAAUUUUUUCGCAAAAAUUUUUCUUGAAAAAUCGAUUAACCAUGAAAAUAUGACCUAGAAUUCAACUUUAAUUUUCUCUCUGCCAUUCUGAAAAUUUUGAAAAAAAAACUCUGUGAAAAUCUGGUGUUCCAAAAUUACACAUGUGAAUUUUUUGGUUUUAUAUCUGAACAACCAUCAAUUUUUCUGCGAUAAAAGAAAUUAUCAGAAUUUUUUGAAACAGUGAAAUUUUUUUUUUUGAAAAAUUUUUUAGGUUUUUAUAAAUCGCCAUUUUUUUCAAAUUUUAAAUUUGUAUACUCAAAAAAAAACAAUUUCUUGUAAAUUUCAGAAUUUUGGGAAAUAUUGAUGUUAAAUCUCGUGAGAACAAUAAUUGUUGAAAUAGCAGAAAAAACCAAUUUUUUGAAAAAUGUUUCAGAAUUUUUUGAAACAGCGAAUUUUUUCGCAAAAAUUUUUCUUGAAAAAUCGAUUAACCAUGAAAAUAUGACCUAAAAUUCAACUUUAAUUUUCUCUCUGCCUGAAAAUUUUGAAAAAAAAAAUCUGUGUGAAAAUUUGGUGUUCCAAAAAUUACAGAUGUGAAUUUUUUGGCCUAAUAUCAGAGCAGCCAUCAAUUUUUCUGCGAUAAAAGAAAUUUUCAGAUUUUUUUGAAACAGUGAAAAAUAAUUUUUAGCUGAAAAAAGAAUUUAGAUCAAUCAAAACUUAGCAAAUCAAGAUCUCGUAAUUUUUUUGUUCAUUUUGUAUUAACAAAAUGUGUUUUUUUGCAUAAAAAAAUACAUGCUUUUUUGAAACAGUGAAAUUUUUUCAGCCCAAAUAAUCUUCAACCAGUUCCAAAAAAGCGUUCCCCCUCGAAACUUCCCUUAAAAAUCCACAUUUUCCAGAUCGCGACUUCCAACAACAUCCAAUCAUCAAGACGAUUCACAAAAACUUCUAGAAGAUUCAUAA